GGUCCCCUGCCAGCAGGCAACGCUUCCACGUUGAGCACAGUCCACUGCGCCGCUGGAUCGUCGGUGCCGCGAGCUUGAACGGAUGCACCCCAAGUGCUCGCCGCGGGUUAGGCUCGCAAUCAAAAAAUGAUAUUGGUUGAUCGGUGCGAUCCCGACCCUAUAUGCGGGUCUCUUAAGGAUGGCCCCGUACCGAUGCCGGCUCGACAUGUACCCUUUCGUACCUACGAACAACCAUGCCACCCUGAGGCCCGCCGCCCUCGUCGGUCUGGGCGAUCAGGAAACACUCUGCAUCGUGAUUGGUGUCGACCACCCUCCUCUGUGCAUCCGCCAGCAAACCCGCCUGCUGACGGCACGGGACCCUCUGGCCUCCGCCCAUCGCCGCCGUUCGCUGUACCCUCCAGUACGAGCGUGCUCAAGCAGGGUCGCCCAUUGCCCGCCACAGCUGCCGGUCAUACUGCAUCCCAGCGAAUAAUCCAUUCCGCUAGCCGUCCAGCGCCCGCGCCCUGCCCGCCUGCGCUGAUCAGCCUUUUCAUCCAGAAUUCUACCAGAAGAAGCCGUGGAGAGCAUGAAUCAAUGCUCACGAUGCGCCGAUGCAAUCGGUCUCAGAGCCUUCCAAAACCCUUCCAGAGCAUCGUCGUAACUCGCAGGGUCCAGUCGAAUUUGACGGGGCAACCCCAGAAACAAAUCGCUUGCGUCAAGGCUCUGGAGGCCUGCGCAUGAUAAUGCCGUCCAUUAUCAGGGCUCGGUAAUGCAUGUUAUGGAGCUCCUCCACAAUAUGAAGGCGCUGGGACCGUCACCUGCAGUGAAGAUGUUGUCUGAAUGCCAAACUGGGCCUGGAGAGAGGGCUUGUUGCGCAAACUCUGGUCUAUAAUACUCUGUAUUAUGAUAUGAGGUCCAAAAUGAGAGGUUGCGGCACGGCCAUGUCAGCGCGUGCCUGGUCCAGCCUGUGCAGUGGCCUAUGACUGGGCGAGUGGCGGCCAGAUGCUGCCGACGACCUCUGCGCUAAGAGCCCAUCUUCCCCUCUGCGCUUAACGGCGCUGCCUGCUCCGAUCAUAAUAAUAAUAAACCUAACGUCUUUGUCUGAUGACAAUGAGGAUACGGCCUCGCCAUCAGACUCGGCUUGCAUCGUGACUCGGCCCUGGCCACUGUUUGCCAGCGAGUGGAAUGAUCCUGCCACCCCGGAUUGGCCGGCGAUUCUGUAAAGCCAGCGGAUCG